GCCGCCCUUUGAUCUGCCGCGUAGGUGCUGCAGCUGCGGGCUCCUCUCCGAGCCGUGGCGUCAGGCUGAGCCGCCGCGGGGCUGUGGGACCGGCGGGUCUGCGCGGGGAAGGGCAUCUGAGUAAAAGAAAAGGAAGGAAAAUGAAAUUCCUAUUCUUAAUAGCUUUCAUCCAUCUCUUACCACAAUGCACCGGGAAACCUUUAAGGUGGGAUGACUGCCACCAACACACUUUCAAAGAAAUUAAAAGAGAAAUAGCUGGGUAUUCCGAUAUUGCCAAGGCUAUUAUUAACCUUGCAGUUUAUGGCAAUGCCCAGAACAGAUCCUAUGAAAGACUGGCACGUUUUGUUGACACCAUUGGACCUAGACUCAGUGGCUCCAAAAAUCUAGAGAUGGCCAUCAAAUACAUGUUCAGUGUCCUGCAGGAUGAUGGGCUGGAAAAUGUCCACCUGGAGCCUGUAAAAGUGCCUCACUGGGAGAGGGGAGAAGAGUCUGCAAUGAUGUUGGCACCAAGGAACCACAGCAUUGUUAUUUUAGGACUUGGAAGCAGUGUUGCAACUCCUCCAGAAGGAAUUACUGCUGAAGUCCUAGUGGUCACCUCUUUUGAUGAACUGCAAAAAAGAGCUCAAGAUGCCAAGGGGAAGAUUGUUGUUUACAACCAGCCUUUCAUCAGUUAUAAAGAAACUGUCAAAUACAGAUUACUGGGAGCAGCUGAAGCUGGUAAAGUUGGAGCGGUGGCAUCCCUUAUCAGAUCCAUUGCGUCCUUUUCUGUUAAUAGCCCUCACACUGGGUGGCAGCAGUACCAGUCUGAUGUGCCAAAGAUUCCUACAGCUUGUAUUUCAGUGGAAGAUGCCGAAAUGAUGGCACGGAUGUCUUCCCGAGGCACCAAGAUUGUUGUGACCCUGAAGAUGGGAGCCAAGACCUAUCCCGAUACUGGUUCCUUUAACACCGUGGCAGAAAUAGUCGGGAGCAAGUACCCAGAACAGGUUGUACUGGUCAGUGGACAUCUGGACAGCUGGGAUGUUGGGCAAGGAGCCAUGGAUGAUGGUGGUGGAGCAUUUAUAUCAUGGGAAGCAUUAUCUCUUAUUAAGGAUCUUGGGCUCCGCCCCAAAAGAACUCUGCGGUUGGUGCUGUGGACUGCGGAAGAACCAGGAGGGGUGGGUGCUGAGCAGUACUACCAGUUACACAAGGAUAACAUCUCCAACUUUGACAUCGUCAUGGAGUCUGAUUCGGGUACCUUCAUGCCAAUGGGCUUGGCUUUUACAGGCAGUGAUAAAGUUCGUGCCAUCCUGAAGGAGAUUAUGCAGCUGCUGCAGCCUAUCAAUGUUACAAACAUUUACGAAAAUGGUAGUGAAACAGACACUGAAUAUUGGGUGAGAGAUGGAGUACCAGGUGCCAGCUUGCGUGAUGACAUCAGUAAAUACUUCUGGUUUCAUCAUAGUCAAGGGGACACAAUGACAGUUCAGGAUCCAAGCCAGAUGAAUCUCUGUGCUGCUGUUUGGACUGUCGUCUCCUAUGUAAUUGCUGACAUGGAAGAGAUGUUGCCAAGCUGCACAGUAAUGGACAGAGCAGGCAUUCAUGAUAUAUAUGUCUACUGCCUUUAGUCUGGGAGAUUCCACUAUAAUCCUUCUAAAUCUGUUUGAUGUGUAAGAUUAAAUAAGACAACAAUGUUCAGCAAACUUUGCGGCCUUUGAAAAUACGCAGGAACUGAGCUCUGCCACAAUGAACAGGGAGACAGUUAUGCAAAUAAAAAUAGGUCGCACCCUUGUCCAUCAUGCAGUACAGCAAUUGAAAUCAAGGAUAUAUCUUCUCUCUACUUCUGUUCUCUGUGGUUGCUGAACUUUUAGCACAUAUAAAGAAGACUCAUCCCUCACAAAGCACUUAAGGGUUAGUCAUGUAUCACAGGAUUUCCCCCUAUAUCCUAUUUUUAUUACAAAUUCAUCCUGCUUUUAUU